AUGUGCAGGCGGUGUGGAAUCAAGGGACACCUGAUGUUUGAAUGCACAAAGACUGUCUUCUGUGAAAUUUGUAAGAGUACCGAUCACGCUAUGAGUCGGUGCUCGGUUCUCAAGCAGCCCAAGCCGGUAGCACAAUUGGUUGGUCAGGCCGCUGAUGCUCUUGCAAGUUUUCAUAUUCCACACGCUCCCAUUCAGCCAACGAAGAAAGAUUCUAGAUUGGCUCUAGUCUCUACUAUAGGGAAGAAUCUGAUGGAGGAGGAACUUGCUGCAUAUUUGAGGAUGUUGGUGUCUGAUACUUUUACUUGGGAAGUAAAACGACACAAUGACUAUGAAUUCAAAGUCCUAUUCCCUACGAAAGCUGAUCUCAUGAAGAUGACAAGAUUCAAUGCAGAAAUGAAGGAAGGGGUGACUCUCAAGUUCGAAGAAUUUAAGGAAGAUGAGGAGUAUUUUGGGCAUGCUUUACCAGUGGUGUGGAUGCAGGUAAUGAAUUUACCAACGAUUCUAAGAGAAUAUGUCAUUCUGUGGGCAAUAGGAACUCUUUUUGGUGUCACCCAAGAAGUGGAUAUGGUCACCACGAGGGCUAGUAAUUUCGGGCGGUUUGCAGUGGCGGUGCUGGAACCUGAUGCUAUUCCGACAAAGCUAGAUGUCAUCAUUGGUAAUAGGUAUUUUCAGCUGACUUUUGCGGUUGAGCCAUUUUUACCAAAUAUCGGGUUGCGGAGCAAAUGGAACACACAAAAUGAGGGGAAUGAAGAUCAUGGAAAUGGUGCACGGAAGGACACUGAGAAGAAAGAGGUAGAAAUUAACGGGAGCACUAUUUUACCAGAUGCAAGUGCUGGGAACAAAGAAACUAGUCACAAGGCCGGAGAUGAAGCCCCUGAAGCGCAGAUGGACAUGGACUUUCAAAUGACGAUUUGCUAG